UCUCAACACCUGAUCCCUCGUAUCCACCAUGCAUCUGAGCAGCUAAGCGUCUAGAAGGAUGAGUCAAUUGUCAAAUCAUUUUUCAUCUUCCAACCCUUGAAAGUAUUUGAUUUGACUCAGUUAUAUUGACCACACUCAGGCCAAACUUCCUACUCUCUUGUCCUGAGUCACAAGUGGAACAACGUCCAGCUAUGGGAGCAGGGCUCCUUGUCGCAAUUGAUCCUGAGGAGAUCCUCGCCUCGAAUCCCCGCGGUCUCACUCUCGAUCAAGUCGCUUACUUUGGGCAAGCCCUCGUCCAGGCUACUCCCGAGAAUUUCGACCAAAGCCUCUCGUUCCUUCGCAACCACUUUUCCUCCCUUGCUAUCUACUUUGACGUCCGCAAACUUAAGAGCUGGGAUAAUGUCAUUGACAUCCUCAAUAAUGGCGCCGCAAAGAUUUUUGUUACCUUUGAACAACUAAAAGCCUUAUCUCAAGAGCAAACCAUCGCCCCCGACCGGCUCGUCUUGACCAUAUCCCUCGUUAAUCCCAAAACUGAUCUCGACAAGCUUAAAGCCUUCCUCUCCGAAAACCCAAAUUGGAAAACUACCGAGUGGGCGUUUGAUGGAGACAAAGGCAAUGAGGUCGUGGACCUGGUUUUGAAAGAGCUUGGAAACUACCCUCCUAGCCCGGACCAGACUCUAUUCGUUGCCGUCACGAGCGAGACUGAUGGAAGGAACUUGCUCCAUGAAUACCCCGGCAACGCCCUUGUCAUCUCGUCCAAGUCUCUGACCUUUGACAAGUCCAAGGACGAAAAUAAAAACUUGAUUUCUGCUGUUGACUUGGUUAUUGCCGGUGCGACUGCGGAUCGAAAGACUGGACUUUAUGCAACCACCGUCGUCGAUGAGCGCGAUGUAGCUCUCGGCCUGGUCUGGAGCAGCAAAGAGAGCAUCUCUGAAGCAUUGAAGACUGGCACUGGCGUCUACCAGAGUCGAAAGCGAGGCUUGUGGUACAAAGGUGCUUCCAGUGGUGACACUCAGAAGCUCAUCAGCAUUGGUUUUGACUGCGACAAGGACACCCUUAUCUUCAAAGUUCACCAGCAAGGUCGUGGGUUUUGCCAUUUAGCCACCUAUUCAUGCUGGGGUAAAGAAUCGGGUCUCUCAAGGUUACAGCGCACGCUGCAACAGCGCAAGUCCGAUGCUCCUGUGGGUUCCUAUACUGCCAGACUCUUUAAUGAUCCCAAACUCCUCAACGCCAAGAUCAAGGAGGAGGCCGACGAACUGUGUGAGGCCACAAGUAAAGAAGAUAUUGCUUCCGAAGCAGCAGACCUAUUGUACUUUGCACUGGCGAGGUGUAUCGCAGCCGAUGUCACCUUGGAGGAUAUUGAGAAAAAUCUGGACUUGAAGAGCCUCAAAGUCAAGCGGAGAAAGGGUGAUGCAAAACCACAAUAUGUCGAGGAGAAGCCAGUUGCCCCAACUCACACAUCCAACGCCGAAACAGAAGGAGUCAACGGUCACAAAGAUGACGCCGUGAAAGAGGCAGCAUCGAUACCGAAAGGUCCCUCCGACCCAGCAGGCACCAUCUCUGGAAGAAUAUCCAUGAAGCGUUAUUCUACCUCUCAAACAUUUGCUGACGACGUCCUCAAGUCUGCCCUGCAACGCCCAGCCCAGCGGUCAAAUGAAAAGAUCAUGGGUAUUGUACGACCCAUCAUCGACGACGUACGCACCAAGGGUGACUCAGCUCUUCUCAAAUACACCCAGACUUUUGAAAAGGCCACUGGCCUCAAAUCUCCAGUUCUCAAAGCACCUUACCCUCCGUCCCUAAUGGAACUUCCUCAAGAAACAAUCAAUGCCAUCAACAUCUCAUUCGACAACAUCCUCAAGUUCCACUCCGCACAAAAGCCGGCCGCACCUCUGGUAAUCGAGACCAUGCCAGGCGUGACAUGCUCGCGCUUCACCCGUCCCAUUGAGAAGGUCGGUCUGUAUAUUCCCGGAGGGACUGCUGUCCUCCCGUCGACUGCUCUCAUGCUCGGAGUCCCUGCGAUGGCAGCAGGGUGCAAGAACAUUGUUCUAGCCUCUCCUCCUCGCCCCGACGGCACCGUCACUCCUGAAAUCGUCUACAUUGCUCACAAAAUUGGCGCGGAAGCGAUUGUUCUUGCGGGAGGUGCGCAGGCUGUUGCGGCUAUGGCAUACGGCACCGAGUCCGUCACCAAAGUCGACAAAGUCCUCGGUCCUGGCAAUCAAUUUGUGACCGCUGCUAAAAUGCUCGUUUCAAAUGACACCUCGGCAGCCGUCAGCAUCGACAUGCCCGCCGGACCGUCAGAAGUUCUCGUCAUCGCCGACUCGACGGCGGAUCCAGCCUUCGUCGCCAGUGACCUUCUCUCACAGGCGGAACACGGCACUGACAGUCAAGUGGUCUUGAUCGCUGUUGAUCUAGACGAGCGCCAAUUAGAUGCCAUCGACGACGAACUACACAAGCAAGCCCACCAACUUCCACGGGUAGACAUUGUCCGUGGCGCCAUCGAACACUCAAUCACCAUUUCUGUACCAACCCUCUCGUCGGCCCUUCAUUGGUCCAACUAUUACGCUCCCGAACAUCUCAUCUUACAAAUCGCCAACCCAAAGUCGGCAUUACCUGAAGUUCAAAACGCUGGAUCGGUGUUUAUUGGCGGCUGGACCCCUGAGUCAGUUGGCGACUACUCGGCCGGUGUCAACCACAGUUUGCCCACGUAUGGGUACGCCAGGCAAUAUUCUGGCGUCAAUCUUGGCAGCUUUAUGAAGAACAUCACGAGCUCCGAAGUCAGCGAGCAAGGCGUCGGCAAGGUGGGGUUUGCAGUCAUGGAGCUCGCAAGGGUCGAAGGUUUGGACGCGCACCGUCGAGCUAUGGAGUUGAGGAUGGAGAAAUUGGGCUUGGUGGAGAAGAGAUACAAGGACGUUAGCACGCAGCAAGAGCAGGAAACGACGUCGAAAGUUCACAAUGUCAGUGCGACAGUGGCGGUUCCAGCACCCGUGGAGCUGAGUGACGCCAAGACAGCUGCGGACAAGGAGAUUGAGAUUGAGAAGACAACCUUGAUGGAGAAGCCGUGAUGUUGAUGAUGAGAUUGACGCUGGCGACGGUAUCAUGGCCAUAGAGCGAGGGCCUGGUUUCCGACAUUGCCUAAGGCGUCGUGAUGGAAGAGGACGAAGAUGUUUUGAUAAUUAGAUCUCAGGUUUAGACAUUUUCUGACGAAUACACUACUACGCCCGA